AUGAAUUCCCCUCAACGGAUGUCCAACAAAAGUGUGGAAAGUGUCCUGAAACAUAUGGAGGCGAAUAAGAGAUUCCUCCUCUCCUCCAAAUGUCCCUCGAUCCACACUAUCGACCAAGCAACCCCACUCAAAAUCCAAUCAUUCUCUGCCAACAACAACUCCUUGAAAAUCAACAAUACCGAGUAUAAACUAGGCGUCUAUCGGAAAUACUCACCGGAUACAUUACCUCCGAUUGUUCAAAAAAUGAAUGAUGACGGCGGACUACCGGAUGACCUGGAUGAAUAUGGAUUUGAAGACAAGUCAGGCAGGAAUAAGUUGACACCGGGAGACGUGGAUUUGAGGGAUCCUAAGGUUGUUGAAGAUGAUGCCAAGAGUGUGGGAAACAGUGAGCAGAUCUCGAUCCCUGAUCACGAGGAAAAACUGGAAAAAUUCUAUCGCCUACUGGACCAGGCUCAAGGAUUCGGCCCAAUCGUUCGUAAUCACGACCACCGUGCUCCAAAACUCGAUCCAAAGCGACUUGAAAAGUGUAUCACUUAUUUCCUCGAUGACACUGUUUCCUUCCAUGCUACCACGUGUCCAGAAUUCGAGAUGGCUCGACAAAUCAGUUAUGACAAGUUGGACAAUGACAUCAAGAAUCUGGAGGCUAAGCUACAGCCGUUUUAUUCUCGUCAGGAUGGGGAGCCGCCACCAUAUGAGAGUUAUAUACAGGUUACUGUAACCACUGGUGCGCAGAGCCACGUGGAGCGAGUAAAGUACAGUAAGAAGCUACAUGAAGCCUUGAAGUACUUGAGCGCCCGGUUCUUUGGAGGUCGUGAGCACCCUGUGAUCAUCAAGGAGUUUGACAUUUCGCUCAAUGGAAUUAUCAGGUUCCCUCCUGAGCUACGCCUUCAAAUCCAGGAAAUGAUAAAAGGAUCCGAUAUUCAAGUUGUGCAAAAACACAUGGCACCGCUUUUGGUCACCCCAGUCAAUCGUCUCACCCUACUGGUCAGUAGCGACGCAGACUUCCAGUGCCAGAUCCUUCGAGAAGCCAGAAUCCUAUCGUUUAGGGAGCAAUUUGGGUACGAUGUCAGUACCGAGACUUAUCUGAAUCUUAAAAACCAAUAUGUUCAUAAGUCACUAGUCCAGCCAAAUAACUGGACGGAUUUCCUGUUUAUUGUGAAGCGAUGGUUGGAUGUGAAAAAGCCAGUCGGGACGUGUCGGAGCUUCGGUAUCGUUGAUGUCAUGAUGGAGGACACGAUUCUGGAGAAAUUCCGCAAGAAGUUUAAGGGAACAAAAGGCGGCAGAAAUUUAUGCAUCUACAUCCCAACUAAAUGGGGUACUCAAAUCAAGGUGUCUACUGUGGAGGAUAGCUACAGAAUGGCGCCGUGGGUGCUGAAAUUCGAGAUUCUUCCGAGAUGA